GAUUGACAGUUCUCAACUUUCAGCACGAGCGUCAAACAUUCCCGCCACCUCAAUAAGAAAUCUCAGGUGGCAAGUAAUUUUUCAACUUGAUAAGGUCAUCAUUAGCGUUGCAACAUUUUACAGGUUUGUCAAGUUAGUGAAAGAAGCAACCUCAUUCUGUAGAUGUUGAUAACAUCUUUCAGGAGACAUAGCUGACGUUGGGUAGCUAACAGAUCGCUUGCUGCCAUCGCAAGAAAUGUUAUUUCCCCUGCCCCAUUUAUUAACUGGYAGCUUAUAACGUUAGCUAGCAGCUAUCUCGCUGAAACAAAAAAAACAUCUAGUUCAAGAGCUACUAGUAGCUACAUUGCGCUAAUCAAGAUGAAAGCCGCCGAGGAUCAAGUUGUGGAGGAUGAGGCCGGAUACCAAGAUGAUGAGGAGUCCUUUUUCCAAGACAUAGACACCCUACAGAAGCAUGGAAUUAACAUGGCAGAUUUAAAGAAGCUAAAGUCUGUGGGUAUCUGCACAGUAAAGGGGAUCCAGAUGACCACACGCAGAGCCCUGUGUAACAUCAAGGGUCUUUCAGAAGCAAAGGUGGACAAGAUCAAAGAGGCUGCUGGGAAGAUUCUGACCAAUGGUUUCCUGACAGCAUUUGAAUAUAGUGCGAAGAGGAAACAAGUGUUCCACGUCAUGACUGGAAGCCUGGAGUUUGAUAAACUACUUGGGGGAGGUAUGGAGAGCAUGGCAAUCACUGAGGCAUUUGGAGAGUUUCGGACAGGCAAGACCCAGCUCUCUCAUACACUAUGUGUCACAGCCCAGCUUCCUGGAGAGGACGGCUACACAGGAGGAAAAGUCAUCUUCAUCGACACAGAGAACACCUUUCGUCCAGACAGACUGAAGGACAUAGCAGACAGGUUCAAUGUCGACCAUGAUGCUGUGCUGGACAAUGUGUUAUACGCCCGAGCCUACACCAGUGAACACCAGAUGGAGCUGUUGGAUUUUGUGGCGGCCAAAUUCCACGAGGAGGGUGGUGUCUUCAAACUUCUGAUCAUAGACUCCAUCAUGGCUCUGUUCCGGGUAGAUUUCUCUGGCCGAGGGGAGCUGGCAGAGAGACAGCAGAAGCUGGCCCAGAUGCUCUCCCGUCUGCAGAAGAUCUCUGAAGAGUACAACGUUGCAGUGUUUGUCACCAACCAGAUGACUGCAGACCCUGGAGCUGGGAUGUCGUUCCAAGCUGAUCCCAAGAAGCCGAUUGGAGGGCACAUCCUGGCGCAUGCGUCCACCACACGAAUCAGCUUGAGGAAAGGACGCGGAGAGUUGAGAAUUGCCAAGAUAUUUGACAGUCCUGAUAUGCCUGAGAACGAGGCCACUUUCGCCAUCACUCCAGGGGGAAUUGCUGAUGCCAAAGAGUGAAAGACCCUCAUGGAUUUACAAGUAGAGGAGAGGAACCACAUGCAGUUUUUAGCAAAUCGUAAUUUUUUGAAUUCUGAUGAAGACUAUUUGUACUAUUUGGUGUUUAUAUGUAAAGUGCCUUCAGAAAGUAUUUAUACCCCUAGACUUUUCCCACAUUUUGUUGUGUUACAAAUUGUGAU